GUGACGCCGCGUGCACCUUCCCCCCUCCCGGCAGCGGCGGCGGAGCCGGGCGCGGCUGGCGGCAGCCCGAGGCGCGGCCGGGCGGGAUCAUGGCGGACGGCGUGGACCACAUCGACAUCUACGCCGACGUGGGCGAGGAGUUCAACCAGGAAGCUGAAUAUGGUGGACAUGAUCAGAUUGAUCUGUACGAUGAUGUAAUCUCUCCGUCUGCGAAUAAUGGAGAUGCCCCAGAAGAUCGUGACUAUAUGGAUUCUCUCCCACCUUCAGUUGGAGACGAUGUAGGUAAAGGAGCUGCACCAAAUGUUGUCUACACAUAUACUGGAAAGAGAAUUGCCUUGUACAUUGGAAACCUUACUUGGUGGACGACAGAUGAAGACUUAACUGAAGCGGUUCAUUCAUUGGGGGUAAAUGAUAUUUUGGAGAUAAAGUUUUUUGAAAACCGUGCUAAUGGCCAAUCUAAAGGGUUUGCCCUUGUGGGUGUGGGAUCGGAAGCAUCCUCCAAAAAGUUGAUGGAUUUGUUGCCUAAAAGAGAAUUGCAUGGGCAGAAUCCUGUUGUGACUCCAUGCAAUAAACAAUUUCUGAGUCAGUUUGAAAUGCAGUCAAGGAAAACCACACAGUCUGGCCAGAUGUCUGGGGAAGGUAAAGCUGGUCCACCAGGAGGAAGCUCAAGAGCAGCAUUUCCACCUAGUAAUAGAGGGCGAGGCCGUUUCCCCGGUGCUAUUCCAGGUGGAGACAGAUUCCCUGGACCAGCAGGGCCAGGAGGGCCACCGCCACCAUUCCCAGCUGGACAAACUCCCCCACGUCCACCUUUAGGCCCUCCCGGUCCUCCGGGCCCACCAGGCCCCCCACCUCCUGGUCAGGUCCUCCCACCUCCUUUAGCUGGACCUCCUAAUCGUGGUGACCGCCCACCACCACCAGUUCUGUUUCCAGGACAGCCUUUUGGUCAGCCUCCACUUGGGCCACUUCCUCCAGGCCCUCCACCACCAGUUCCAGGCUAUGGGCCGCCACCGGGUCCGCCACCACCUCAGCAGGGUCCACCUCCACCUCCGGGUCCAUUUCCCCCUCGUCCACCUGGCCCUCUCGGGCCACCCCUGACUCUUGCUCCUCCUCCACAUCUCCCUGGGCCACCUCCAGGUGCUCCACCACCUGCACCGCAUGUGAAUCCAGCUUUCUUCCCCCCACCUGCCAAUAGUGGCAUACCUACUUCAGACAGCCGUGGCCCACCUCCAACAGAUCCGUAUGGCCGACCUCCACCGUAUGACAGAGGUGACUAUGGGCCACCUGGAAGGCGUUUCACUGGAAAUAACAUGUCCAUAAGAGAAAAAUUACAUAUUCCAUUCUAUGGGAGGCACACGAAAAAUAAUACUCAAAACUCAGGGAGAGAGAUGGAUGCUGCAAGGACACCUCUGAGUGAAGCAGAAUUUGAAGAAAUCAUGAACAGAAAUAGGGCAAUCUCAAGCAGUGCCAUUUCAAGAGCUGUAUCAGAUGCCAGUGCUGGGGACUAUGGAAGUGCUAUAGAGACCCUGGUAACUGCAAUUUCCUUAAUUAAACAGUCCAAAGUAUCUGCUGAUGAUCGUUGUAAAGUACUUAUUAGCUCUCUUCAAGACUGCCUUCAUGGAAUCGAGUCCAAGUCCUAUGGUUCUGGAUCCAGAAGACGUGAACGAUCCAGGGAGAGGGACCACAGUAGGUCACGAGAAAAAAGUAGACGCCAUAAAUCACGUAGCAGAGAUCGUCACGAUGACUAUUAUCGGGAAAGAAGCCGAGAAAGAGAGAGACAUCGUGAUCGUGAUAGAGAUCGUGACAGAGAACGGGACAGAGAGAGAGAAUAUCGCCAUCGCUAAAGAAGCUGAAGGAAGAGGAGCAGCGUACAAGACAAGAUACGUUCUUCAAGGAAAGAUGCUUGUCCGGCAGUUUGCUUCAUGUGAUUGAACUGAGCCUGUAAGGAUUCAUGGAUAAAAUGAACAGGAAUAGAUCUGAAUAAAGCAAAUCUGCAUACAUGGUAACCAGUAGCUCUUUUACUUUUUUUAUGUUGCUUAACUGUUUUAUUUGAGGGAAACCUGUGUGAUUUAAACCUUAUAGCUUUUGCAACUUCAUUACUGGUUAUAUACAUUUGGCAAUUAUAAUGUGCGAGCAAUUGGAAAAAGUCAAGUAAAUGCUUGUUUUUAUAGUAGUUUGUUCAUGUUAAAAUGUUCAUAUGAUAAUGUCUGUAUACAGCACCACUUUGAUUACAGUAGAUGUAGUGUUGUAAUAAACUGUUUAAUGGGGCUGAUGUGUAAAGCUGUUCAAGUUAUUUGAUGUUUACACCUCAGGGAAAGUCUUGUGUUCAGCAAUAUUUAAAGAUAAUGUUACAAUGAAAACAUUGAUGCUGUCUUUAAAAACAUCGCAAUAGUUCUUGCAUAUGCCUCAACCUAAUCUUGCAUUCAGUGAGUUGAACUUACUAAUGUUGCUCUCACACGCUCAAUUUUGAUACGAAGGCAGGUGGUUACAAAAACCUCUAAUGCUAUUUUGCUUUCUAGCAGUGUUUACCUGGGUGGCUUGUGAACUUGCUCACUGACAUAUAAAACUGUAAAAACUGCAGUUCUUUGUGUUCUCUUGCUUUGAGGAAGGUGCUCCCACAUCACUGAUGAGAGCACGCUGAAAAUGUGUCUUUCACACGGUCUUGAUCCUGGUCGAUGCUGCCGUUCAUAUUAAACUGUUUGCAUGGUCUUAAACCGUUCACAUUGAGGGGUGCAAAGGUUAGCUGUUUAAAAAACAAAACAAUAAUCCUGCAGUUGUUUACAGUUUUAUAGAGCUAGUGCUUAUGUGUUUCUCCCUUCCCUCCACCCCCGAGGCCGCAGGUCUGUACAUAGCUGUAUAUUAGAUGUGACAGGAGGAAGCAGAUGUUUCCAUUUUUCAGACUUUAUGGGUUUGAUACUUUUUUAAUGCUUUGGGGUUUAUCCAAACGUGCAUAUAGAAGAGAAGGUACGCCUGUAUGUCCGUGUUCCACUGUGGGCAAUACUGAAGUAUCUUUGCAAAACGCGGCGCUAAUUAAAUCCGUCAAAUGAGGUUUUGUACAUUUCCUUAAAAACAGUUUGCUGGAGCUUAGCGUGGAAGCUGAAUUCCAGUUACAAGAAAUUGUUUUAAAUUUCAGUAAGCACAAAUGAAUGGAAAGAUUCAUUUAAUUUGGAAAAGCUCCGUUUCUGGAGGCCUUGCACAAAGGCCCAUUCUUUGUCUGUUGCGAAUCAUUGUGUAAUGGAUUUAUUCUUAGUUUUCAGUGAUUCACAUAGCUGCACUUUGUGCUUUAAGUUCUGUUUCAAGACCUCAGAUGGCUUUAAGACGCAACUCUUAGACAGCUCUUUGUUUCUUUUUUUACCGAUUUUUCUUUCUUGGAAGGUUUUGCAGCAGACCUAAAAUCUGUUCUCCUGUUCAGGAAAGCACUUCAAUCCACUUGGUUUUCCAGAGCAUGUGCUUACAUUCUGCCGACUUCCAGGAAUGUAAACAUAUGCUCUAAGUUAAUAUGUGCAGAGUGAGUGAUUUUGAUGCUUUGCUGAGUCGGGACCAGUAGCGUGUACUACUGCAGAAGCUUUGCUUAAGUCUGAAAUGCUCUCAUAUUUUUAUCACCGACCCUUGGCCGGAUUUUCUGCAGCCAGGUUGAUGCUGUUGGACUGGGCUGCAAGCUUCAGACCCCCUCCCCUUUUUUUCCUUAAAUUGUGUACCUCAAAUCCUCAUGGUGGGAUCGCUGGUGUUAAUCAAACUAUUUGCUACUGAGAAGAUAUUUGCAAUGUUUGUUUAAACCUGUUUCCAAAUGAAAGCUGCCUUUUAAAAUUUUGUAAACUGAAAGUUGUAUCUAAUGAGUCACGACUCAUUUCCUGCUUUUUAUGAAUAGGUGUUGGUUACAAACAAUACUGUUGUAAUUUUAUUUUUUACUUCAAAACAUUGUUUACUGCUGUGUGUAAUAAGUUUAAGGAAGGAAUAACCUGUCUGUAGCUGUAGCUCAUGCUGGAGAGGCAGCAGGUAAGUAACGUUCCAUUGCAGAGCUAUAUUAUAACUCGAAAUAAAAAAUCAAAAGCAUUUUAUGCAGGAAUUGAUAUUUUACUCCUCGCUGAAAUAGAUAUAAGGAUACCUUUGCUCUUCUACAGAGCGUAGCUUCUUGUGCAGAUUUCUGUUGCUGGCAAUGGAAAUAGCAGGGGGGAAAAAAAAAAAGCAGGAAGAAAACAACACAGAUUAAACUGAGUGUGUUGUGGCUUAGAAGAAGAGGUCCCCGCAUGAAGCCCCUUAUUUCUGCGUGUUCUCUGAGUACUUAGUUUGAACUGACAGGCACAACCUAUCACUAUUUAGAUGGAACUCUUGCUACUGUGAGUUUUGUUAAUUUUUUUUUUUAAAUGAAACAAGAAAUCUAUACAGAAAAAGAUCCAAAGACCCUGAUAGACACCAAAAAGGAAUAUGUCUGAUGCACAUCAUGUAUAAGUGAAUCCGUAGUGCAGUUGUACCAGGUGUUGGUUUAUUCCAUGUGACUGGCGGCUUCCUGUGUGUGCUCAGGAAGCGGCAGUUGGGCGCUGCGCUGCCUGCUGAUGGUGCCAUGGUGGCUCCUGCUGCCUUCUUUGAUACUCGCUCUGUUGUAUUUCAUCUCCUCUCCAAUAGAGGAUAAAGCAGUCUGUGAGGAAACACUUGAUAUUUCUUCUGAACGGUGUUUUUAUAAGUAAUGUUGAGAAUGGGAUACGGCUGUGUGUCCUUUGUUCUGGGAGACAAAGCCCGCAGCAGGAGGUGGUUGGGGUGGUGGCAUCUCAGUGACAGAAGAGUUUUUUGCCUGUUUUUUUCUGUUUGCUUUUUGUUUUUGUAAGUAAGGUUUCCUUUUUUCUUAGUAAAAUUUCUACUAGACUGUGUGUUUCGACAGGUCAGAAACAUUUCUUCAAAAGAAGAACGUACGAUUUUGGAAAUUGUACAGCCCUUUUCUUUCAUUCCCUUUUUGUUUUCUGUGCCAAUGCCUUUGGUUCUGAUUGCAUUAUGAAAAAUGUUUGCCAGAACUUGAGGCUUUUAUUUAUAGUGUGGUUAAAAGCUUGGAUAGUUGUUCUUACACAAGAUACCUUAUUAAGUUUAGGCCAGCUUGAUGCU